GUGUACGCUCUCGGAUCAGGUUGGACCGGAUUUCUGUUCAUGCAAACGGAACUGAGGUCUGAGGUCUGUGUUCAGCUGCAGCACAACUUUGGCGUGGUUUACGAGAACAACUGACCCAGAUUGGGGAUGAACUGGGCAGGACUGCAGAUCCUCCUCAGUGGGGUGAACCAGUACUCCACUGCUUUCGGGCGUGUUUGGCUCUCCGUGGUGUUCGUGUUCAGGUUGUUGGUGUUCGUCGUAGCAGUGCAGCGCGUUUGGGGCGACGACUCGAAAGACUUUGUGUGCAAUACAAAGCAGCCUGGCUGCACCAAUGUGUGUUACGACAGCAUCUUUCCCAUCUCCCACAUUCGCCUCUGGGCUCUGCAGCUCAUCUUCGUCACCUGCCCAUCCCUCUUGGUGGUGGCUCACGUCAAAUUGAGAGAAGAGAAGGACAAAAACUACACAAAACUACACAAUGGUGAACAUCUGUACGCCCGCCCAGGGAAAAAGCGAGGUGGGCUGUGGUGGACCUACAUGCUCAGCCUUUUCUUCAAAGCGGGGUUCGAUGGUGCCUCUCUCUACAUCCUCCAUUACAUCUACCACGGCUUCGACAUGCCACGUCUCUCCAAGUGCUCUCUGGAGCCGUGUCCGAACACGGUGGACUGUUACAUCUCGCGGCCUACGGAAAAGAAAGUCUUCACGCUCUUCAUGGUGGUUACGACUGCACUGUGCAUUCUGAUGUGCAUCUGUGAAAUGUGCUAUCUGACCGGAAAGAAAAUACACAAAGCACUAAUCAGGCGGAUGGUUAACGGAAAGGUGGCUUGUGAGCACCACGGCGCUACAGAUCAUGCAAAUCAAAGACAGAAACGUAGAAUAGAUCCCACCCUCGCCAGUGUGGAAAACCUUAGCUUGCUAAAACAAACAAAGCCAUCUCCGGAAAAAAAAAGUGCCAUUUAGUGAGUCAUAAAGAUUUAAUUGGAAUUAUAACGUCGGAUACCAAUGAUGGACAUGGAGGGGAAUUCGUCAACACUUUCCACAGAAUGUAUAGCAUUUAAGUCAUGUAAUUCAGUGACAGUAGGGUUUCAAGUUAAGGGGGGUGAAUACUUAUGCAAUUACUGUAUACAUACCCCUUAUAGGGAGGUAUAUAAGCCUGAAAUCUAUUGUAGGUCAAAACUCAGGUAAAUUGUAAAUAGUCUGUCACAAUAAAUAAGAUGUUUUUAUGAGCAAAUAUGAAUUUUAUUUCGAUCCAUCGUUGGCUUAAAUAACCGUGUAAACUUUCUCACCAGCGCCGCAGGAUGUUAUUUACCAUACUGCUUUUGUUCCAUCGGGAGGUAGUUGAGAUACAUUUGGAAGUGCAGAGCUCACCUUCCGCAGGUAGUUGCGUUGUGCUGCGCUGUGAGAAGCGACUGUGGAACCGUAGGAGGUGCGACAACCGCCACGAGAUCCUCGAAAAGAUCUGCGACCAUAAUAGAAAAUAUAGUGCGUCGUUUUUAUCCCUUUAUAACUACAGUUACUGCAUACCUGACUGUUCCGGAUACGUCUCAUAAGGAUUUUCAUACUUGUAUUUGGUGAAAGAAUAAAAAUCCCUGCUUAUUUCACUUCGUUCGCAUGGCUGUGUUCGGUCAGGAACAUCUGAAAGAUGCCUCUACAGCGUGUUACAACAAAAUCUUCAUUCAAGUACCGCUGUCCCGCGUAGCAUGGAAUGUAGACUUCUAUAAACAGGAGGCUGAAACCUAAACCGUGAGCUCGUGAAGAUUGUCCAUCAUCACAUCCCUCACAUAGUUUCUAUCAGACGCUCCGAAAGGCUUUCUUUCUUACACACCUUUCAAUCCGAUCCGUUUUACAUUACGAUCCAGCCUACUCCACAUGAUAGACUUUCAUUUGUUACAUAAAUCUCACCUCUUGAUCUUUCAGUAACGAUUAAAAUCCUCCUACACAUUUUAUUGUGCACACACACACACACACACACACACACACAAUUUAAUACCAAGUGCAAAAAUCCAUAGUAUCGCAAUCAAAUCUGUCCCUAUUUUACAGGCAAUAUUAAUAUUUAUAAGAAGCCUCACUAAUCCCCUAAUCAGUGGUGCUUUAGUGGAUGAAGUGAAGGCACACAAAGAGCCAUAUGAAGCAUGACAAAUCAAUACAUCGCACUGACCAGAGAGCACAAAAGCACAAAAAAAAGCCCACUCACUGAGUCACCCACUCAGCUCAGCUCCUCCUACACAUGUGCCCUAGCUUUGGCUCACACACAUGAACACACUGAAGCAGCCCACACAAAACACACACACACACACACACCAUCACACAGCCAACAUUUUCCCUCCGAACCACUUUCUUUUGUUGUCUUCACCACUUUCUGGUUCCUAAUAGAAAAGACAUGGGUUGUUUUUUUUUUUCCCCAAGAGGUGUAAAAUCUGCAACUAAAAGAUGAUUUCCACCAAAAUGGCUCUCUCUCGUAUCACUUAUAAAAUGGAGAUGUCUUGAGCUAAUGGUCAUUUCUAAGUAGUGGAACACCUGAGCAUCACAACUGGGUUAAAAGUCUGACCUCAAUCUGAAGUUUGUCUCAAACACAGCCGCAGGAUUCGCAACUGAAGCCAAAAUAAAUUAACGCCGCACCCUGAGAAUCAGGGUUACACUGCCAUGGAGCAUAGCGUGGAACAGAUGGAAGAUAUCACGCUGAGCGCAACGUGGGCUGCUGAGAAGCAACAAAAGGUACCAGCGAGUCACGGACAGCGAUAGCACAAACAAAAGCGCAUGAUAUCAUUUGUUCUGACCCAUCUGUGUUUUAUACUGGUGCACAAUGCAGUACAUUUUUGGCCUCAUUAAGGGUGAACUAAUUAAUUUGUCUUAAAAUAGGCCUAUUUGGCCACCCGCAUUACCCACUCAUGUCCUCCCUUCAUAUAAUACACAUGAGAAAUCAUAUCUUUCUAGGCCAUGGGACAGAUGGAGAGAGAAGCUGAAGACAGGAGAGAGAGAGAGAGAGAGAGAGAGAGAGGGAGAGAGAGAGAGGAAGAGGAGGAGGAGUGAGGAAGAGGGGUG